GGGGAGGACUCAAGUGCAUACGCAGUUCAAGCUAUAAAUAGAUUAUUAAAGAUUAUUCUAGAAGAUACCAAGAACUCCCCAGAGCUUGACUCCAUUAUUAAGAAUGCAGGAUUAAAAAAAACAGGAGAAAAAGUGAUUGCGAUUUCAGAUAGUUAUUUAAAAAUCCCAAAAAUUCAUUCUGAUGUAAAAGAAUAUUAAAAUCCAUCCUAGGCU